AUGUGGGAGUUGAAAAAAUACCCAAUCCUACGACCAAUACUUCCUCAGCCAACCCCCGGAAUUCAGACUGGAUUUGGAUGUCCAAUCUGCCCGCGCAAUGAGAAACACCCAUUGGAAUACGUUAAUGUUCACCGCGCAAAUAAUAAUGAACUGAUUGGCUUAAGAUGCUCGACAUUCAAAAAUGCUUCACAUUUCUUUCAGACACCUUAUAAAAAGCACAUCCUGGCCCAAGUUCAACUUCAUAACGAAAAAGCCAAGAACCCAGCCUCUCUUUCCAACUUGCUAAACUCGAAAGCCGACUCGCAAUUGAACACAGACGAAGAAUCUAGUUUGGGUAAAUGCAAAGGGGUCAAUGGUCUUUAUGCAUCUGGGCAUCGUGAGACUUGCCUGAAGCGAUGUCCAAAUAAGCUAUGUCAACAAUGCUGCCGUCAUAGAGCAGUACAGGUUUGUCCACAUCAUCAAAAUCGCGGUUCUGAAGCUCUCAAACCACCCACCCCAUCGAACCCAACUUCAUCAUCAGUGUUCCAAAGCACUGCAUCCGAUAGGCUUUUGGCACCAUUGCCAACACGCCGGGCAGUAAACCGUCCCACUCAGUGUGCUCAAGCUGAUAGAGUGAUUCUCAAAGAUCUAUCUCAGGAUGCUCUUGUCCACUAUAACAUUGAAAGACGUCGUACUCAGAAUGAAAAAGAUGGGAUAUGUACAAAGAACUUGAAGCUCCGAGUUUGGCUGAAGGCAGGUGAAGGGUUUGUGAUUGGGGCUCAGGCCACCGACUUCCCUCGAUUUGCUCUGAUUGAAAGCAAACCCUUACGCGACUCAGCACUCAACGAGCUUAAAGACCGAUGGGAUACUCAAUUGGAAAUACUUCAGGAAGACUCUAUGGAAUGGAUUUUGAGUGAUGCGAGUUUAAGCUACACAUACAGACGUUCAACAACCGAUUUAUUAGUUAAAGUAUCUGGAUUACGAGAGAUUGAUUGUAUUGGACUUGAAAAAGAACUUCAAAAGAUCAAAGAAGCACACUCAUCAAAACCGCCCAUCCGCACUCAAGCUUCCUCACUCGAUCUCAGCUCUUAUCUUUCAAUGGAUGGGCCAAUGGGUGUAUGGGGUCACGAAAAAAUGACAACUGGCACUUCAAGUGACGAGUCGGACAGUUCAGAAAUUGAGGUGGUGUCAUCAAACGUUCACCGUAAACGAAAGCUUACCAAUCAGACUGAAACAGCGUCUUCUCAAAAGAAGCCUUGUCUCAAUACUCGAACUUGGCCUGGCAAGACAUGCAAGCUAUCCGAGCUCAUUCUUUGGUGUGAUAAGGCACCAAAAGGCUGUUCUUCAAAAGUUCCAAAGAGCACCUGGUUCGAAAUAUUCGGUGACCGAUUCGAUCCUGAUAAAGAAUUUAAAACCCCUUAUCGAUAUCGAACUUGGGUUUUAAAGAAGAAAUCCGACCUUGUUGAGUGGAUGACAGAUAGGCCAAAUGCUACAAUUGAUGAAGCUAAGAACAAGUUCAUAAAAUCCUUUCGCGAAGUCGCAUCUCUCCGCAAAGGUACUUGUGCCAACCCGGUUGUUGUAGAAUGA